AUGCCCCGGUUUUCUCCACGUUCCCGGCUUUCACGUCCGCCAAGUAUCUCGGCGGUAGCCAAGAUCGCCUUGUUCGCAUUCAUAUCUCCUUGGCUAUGGAAUCUUACAUCUCCUUACCUCUCGCCAUAUUUACCGCAUGCUCUUCGGCCGUCGGCCCCUGACAAUGGGCGGGUGCCUUAUCCCGAAUAUGAAUGUCGGCCUCAUCACUAUUCGACCGAGCUCGUUUCACUAGACCCACUACUAAUCUAUAUCGAGAAUUUCCUACGUCCAUCCGAGAUAACAGAACUCCUCGAAGCCGGCGAGAGUGGGUUUUCGCCCUCGACGGUGUUCAAAAAUGGCAGAUUGACUGGAACGUCUGAUCGGACUUCGUCGUCAGCAGGUUUACCACGCGACAAUCCGACUGUAGAUUGCGUGUUAUCGCGCGCGCAAGGUUUCAUGGGGAGCAUGAUGGAUCCAAAUAAGGAUGAUAUUGGUCCCCCACAGCUCGUGCGUUAUAGGGCUGGGCAGCUCUUCAACAAGCAUCAUGACUGGUAUGAUACUCCUCAACCAACACGCCGAGGAAUGCGAGGACACGGUAGGACGUGGAAUCGUGCUGCAAGCUUCUUCGCUAUUCUUGAGGAUCAUUGCAAGGGUGGAGAGACGUGGUUUCCGUAUAUUGACAACACCCACUCACGUAAAGACGACGCUCAUCAUCUCUGGCGAGCACAUGAGGAGGGUGGACUUGCUUUUAAGCCUGUCGCUGGAAACGCGAUCUUCUGGGUCAAUCUACAUGCCAAUGGGACAGGCGAUGACCGAACUAUUCACGCAGGAUUAACCGUCACUGAGGGACUGAAGACGGCUAUGAAUAUUUGGCCCAGGAAGUUCUACGAUUAA